AUGGUAGAUAUAUUUUACAAGGUUUACAAGGUUUUGGUGUUGAUAAGGAUUAUAUAUAAGUAUAUUUCUUAUUUUUGUGUUAAAAAGGAAUAUGCACGAAGAUUAUCAAAGAUCAAAUCCAGAGCCAAACUGUCACGUCAUAAUAAAGAAGGAGCUUCAUCAUCUAAAGACACAGUGCAUUCACAUAAGACUGAAUCUGCAGUGAAGGAUACAACAGAUGAUACAAUCGAUGAUAUAAGUCAAGCAAAAACCCCAAAGGCAAAAUCUUCUUUACUUCAACGAAAAUUGGCGGAAAAUAGAAAAGUGUUCGAGCAACGUAAUAAGGAACUAACGGAAACAAAACGAGUAAUGGAAGAGAAAGUGGAAGCUAUUAGGCAACAAUUGGACGAAACAGAUUUAGCAGCAGCGGAAAUACACAAGGAUCAAUUGGCUGUUACACCAAUUAGACCUUUUAUGAUCACUUCAGAUGUGAUGACAUCAGUUCAAAUUCAGGACAUUCAAGAAAAAGAGAAAAAGAUUAUGGAUUUGAAUAGCAAAAUUGUUGAAUUGGAAGCUACCAUUCUGGACCUUCAAGAAAAUUUAAAGGAGAAGGAUUCUGUGAUUGAUUCCAAAACGAAGGCGGUGACUCUCAUGUCUGCGGAUCUUUCUAGGAAGGGUAAAACGACAUUGGACACUCUCGAAGAUACAAAAGACGAAAUGCGAACAAUGCAGGAAAAUUUUAUCCUGAUAGAAACUUCUUUGAAAGAUAAGAAUAACAGUCUGCUGAAACAAUUGCAAGAAAGAGAUAAUAAAAUAUCGGACAUGGAACAUACAAUCAAUAGAUUUGAAGAGCAACUUAAAGAACAGAAAAUAGCUGAAUCAGUAAGUGCGGAUUUCUCGCGUUCCACUAUGGACACUUUAGCAGAAACUAAAGACGCGAUGAAGUCGAUGCAGGAAAAUUUCGUUCUCAUUGAAUCCUCAUUGAAGUUGAAGAACGAUAAUCUUCUUCAGCAAUUGGGGGAGUAUGAAGUGAAAUUGGUGAAAGCCAAAGAAAGAAUUUUUCAAUUAGAAUCGGACGCCGGUAUAGUGACAACACCGGCAGUCGAGGAUCUACAAUUUAGAAUAGAGAAAUUAGUGCAGAAUAAUCGACAGCUUCUCGAUGAAAAGUACGAAUUGCAAAAAAAUGUGGCCGAGUUGCAGGAUAAGAUUAUUGCUAAGAAAUCAGUUCAAAGUAAUGGCGCAAUUAUCGAAAAAGAUAAUAGAAUAGCAGAGCUUGAAAAUUUAAUAGAAGAACUUAAACAAUCGAACGAAUUGCUGAAAGAAGAAUCGAAGACAGAGUUGCAGAAACAAAUGACUGAAUUGUCAUCUAAAAACGAAGAAUAUUCCAACAAGAUUAUCGACCUCGAGAAGCAAGUGCAUGAAUUCGAAGCGGAGAACAACAUGAUGGCAAAAUUGUCAGUCGAACGAACGAUACCUAAGGAAGAUGAUAUAGUGAUAAAAUUGACAAAAGAAUUGGAGGAUUUAAAUAAAGGCAUGAUUAAAUUAAAGGCCCAACACAGAAGUAAAGUGAAAAAUCUGCAGAAACAACUGGAGGACUUCAAAAUGGUAUCCGAUACAAAUGCGGAACUUGUUAGAUUGGGCAAUCAAGUGGCAUUAUUGGAGGAAGAGAAAGGUAACCUUCAGCUGAGUCUGGUAGACUUUGACGAGCUUAAAGCCUCGGCAGGAGAUUGGCAAGAACGUGUUGCUGACCUGGAAAGUAAGGUUUCAUCUCAGACAAAAGAAAUACAGAUGCAUAUCGAUGCAAUUGCCACCUUAGAAAAUCAAAAGUUAGAUCUAAUGCAAGAACUUCACACGGUGAAGCAGGAAACUUCGGCGUUAGAAGCUGAGAAUGCAGAGUCCGAGAAUCUUAGAGUGACUGCAGAGAUGAAAGUUGUUGAGCUAGAGGAACAAUUGGAAGCUGUACACAAAGAACAUAGCGAAAAUAAAUUCGAGUCUUUAUCCGAGUCUGAAUAUCAUGAGCUUUUGAAAAAGCUUGAUGCUCUGAUACAGGAAAAUUCAGAAUUAUAUAGUAAAUUAAACAAAAUGGAGGAAAAAGGCGCUUCGGAUACCGGCUCGACAGAAUCCUUUGAAGCCAUUCAAGUAAACAAUAAAAACGAUCUUUUGAAGAAGAUUGAAGAUUUGGAACAGAAGAAUAAUGAGUUGACACUCAAGUUAACGAAGUUGGAGGAGAAAGAUGGCUCGCAUGCUGGCUCGACGGAGUCCUUCGAAACUAUAAACGAUACAGAUCGCAGUGAACUGUUGAAGAAAAUUGAACAGUUGAUCCAGGAAAAUAAUGAUUUAACUAUGAAGUUGAGUAGAAUUGAAGAGAAGGGAUCGUCCGAUACGGGUUCUACAGAAUCUUUUGAGCGUAUUCCAGAGCAUAACGAUAGCAUGACAAAGAUUGAAUUACUUACUCAGGAGAAUAAUGAGCUCGUUAUUAAACUUACGAAACUGGAAGAACAGUUAAGUCAAAUAGAGUGUAGCGUUCAAUUAAAUGUCCCUAAGAUUGAUAAUAGUUUAGAGACACUUAAAGAUGAUAGCAGCUUGAGAUUGCAAAUUGAGACGCUUACACAGGAACAUGACAAUUUAAUGAUAGAGAUUGUUAAGCUCAAGACGCAAGUAGAAGAUCUGACGGAAGAAAAUAACAGAUUGCAGGAUCGUAUAGAAACAUUGACAGCGGAGAAUACUGAAUUAGUUAUAAAUCGCACAAAAUUAGAGGAACAUCUUGAAGCGCAACUGUCUUCUCAAAUGUCAGUUCAGAUAAUAGAAUAUACUGAUCAAAUUAAAAUUUUAAUGGACAGACAACAGGUUCUUGAAAAGGAGCUGACACAAUUGCGAGAAGCUUCGGUAGAGCAGUCAGUUAACAUAACAUCAUGCGAGACUGAUGACGCAAAGUCUAAAAUUGUGACAUUGGAGAAAGAAAAUGCGCAGAUGAUAAUGACCAUUGCAAAGCUCGAAGAACAUGUCAACAAUCAGAAAGAAGAAUUGAGCAAAAUUACUAGAGAGAAAGAAGAGUUGAAUCUAAAGCUGGAACAUAUGGCCUAUGAUGAUUUCUCUAGAGAAAGAUUGGAGCUCAUUGAUAAAUUGGAGAAAUUGAAUCAGGAGAAGGAGAGUGUAGUUCAUGAGAGACAGGAGCUGCAUGAGCAAAUUAAUACUCUCUUACAGAAAUCAUCUAAUGAAAUGUCAGAGAUGCGAAAGACAGAAGAAGCUGCUGGUCAGGAGUCUCAAACUGUGAUUGUAGCAUCUCUGGAGAAAGAACUUGAGAAUAGUAAAGUAUUAAUUACGGAAUAUAAAAAUCAGGUAGAAGAGAUGAAUAUGAAACUGCAGAGCAUGGAGGCAGAAUUGCAGAAAAAAGUCAAACAAUUACUAGAGUAUGAGACAUCGAAUGAAAAAGUGGAGAGUUUGCAAUGCGAAUUGAAGGACAUGUUUGUUACCGCAGAGGAAUGGAAAUUCAAAUAUGAUGAUAUGCAAGUAAAGAUGCAAGCCUUGGAGCAAGGGAAAAUUUCCAUAGAGGAAGCCUUUAAGACAUUAGAAAAUAAUCACAAAGAAUUGUUAGAAGUAAUAAGGGAGAAAGAUGCAGCAACUUCUACUCUACAAGAACAAUUUCAAGGCACUAUAAACUCGCUCGAAACAAGAUUACAAGAUGAAAUAGCAAAUGUAACUGCAAAAGAACAUGAAAUCACGGCCUUGAAAGCAGAAAUUGAAAAGAAAGACCAAGAAUUGCAAACCAAAUAUGCGCAGUUGCAAAAUGGAAUGAUUACUAUAGACAGUUUGCAAGAAGAGUUGUACAAUUAUUCGCUUAAGCUUAAGGAAAAUGAGGCUACUCUAUCAUCAUCAUUAGGAGAGAUUGCGAGACUCAAUGAUGUAAUAAGGAAGAAAGAAGAGGAUAUUCAUAUCCUGAAAAACAAUAUUAGCAAAAUUACUGAAGCAUUAGAAUUGUCUAAGUCUUCAGAAGAAUUUAAUGAAAUAUUAGAAAGUUUGCAAAAUAAAGAAACAAGCUAUAUCGAAUUACAAGAUAAGCACAAAGAAGUCUUAAGAGAAAACAAUGAGUUAUUGCAAAAGAUUGAAGAUACAUCAAAGGAUUAUGAGAAUAUUAAAAACGAAUUAAUUAAGAAGGAACAGGAAAUCAACAGUUUGCUCGUGGAUAAAAAGGAAUUGGACGCACAAAUCGAAGAAAUCAAGAACAACAAGAUUGAAACUGAAAAACGACUUUGGGAAUUACAAAAGAUUUUGGAGAAUCAAACUACAUAUGCUGAAAAUAUGCAAUCGGAGUUGACAAAUGAAUAUAAGCAGAUGGAACGGCUUAAAAUCAAUCAUACGGAGGAAAUGGCGAUGCUAAGUACAAGAUUAGAAAAUGUUAUUGAAGAACUAGUCGAGAAAAUACAGGAAAAUGAUGCUAUGAAAGCUAAGUUAGAAGAAAAGCAAGAGUUACUUGAUAAAAGUGUCACGGAAGAAAUGAAAACUGUCUUGGAGAACAAAGUCGCGGAUUUGGAACAAAAGCUUUCAGAAUCGGAGAAUAAGCUUCAGAUGCAAUCUGAAAAAAUGAAAAAGAUUGUGGCGACUUUCAAUAAAAAGAAAAUAGCAUGCCAAGAACUUGAAGCACGCGUUGCCGAAUUGGAGGAGAAAUGGACAACGGAAAAGGACGAGAAAGAGGUUAAAAACAAACAGAUACAGGAGGUGGAGAUUGCCAUGCGGGAAAAGGAUAACAAGAUCGCCGACUUGGAAGACAAAUUGCUGCAGAUGAAGAGCGAUACUGCGGAGGCUCUCGCAAAUUCUGAAAAAUUCGCAAAAGAAUCGACCAGUUUGAAGGAAAAGAUGGCAGUGUUGAUGGAACACAACACGGAGAUGGGCGAGGAGAUUGAAAAGCAACGUACAGAGAUAGAACACAUCUCUCUUGAAAUGGCGGCAGAGAAAACAGCGAGAGAGAAUAUUACUACAGAAUAUGAACUCUAUAAACAAACUACGAGCAAGGAAGCUGAACAAAAACAGGCAAUUCUGGAUGAGAUAAAAGAAGAAGCGCGAGAAUUGAGCGUGCGUAUGCAAGUGAUGGAGACCGAAUACGUGAAUCAGCUUGCCACGAUAAAGAACUUGCAGGCGGAGAACGGUCUCUUGUCAUCCAAACAAACGCAUCGUGUGCUGAUCGAGCAGUUACAAAAAGAGAUUGCGGCGAUGACGGUAGCUGUGCAGGCUCCGGAACAAGAUGUAAGAGAGGAUGACGCAGAGAGGAUCGCGCAACAUUGCGACCAUUCCGAGCAGUGUCAAAAUUUGGUACAAGCGUUGGAGGCACGUUUACAGGAACGUCAAGCGGAGAUUGAAAAUCUAAAUAACGAGUUAGCUAAUUCAUAUGGCAAUAUCGUGUUACUCCAUGAUGAGUCUCAGAGGUAUAACGAUAUGAUGAUGCAAACUGCUCAGGAGCGUUUUAAUCAGUCACUUAUGGACCAAACGAAUAUGUUACAACAAGAAAUCGAAUCCUUAAGAACGGAAAAAUCCAUGAGCGAACGGAUAGUGUCGGAAUUGGAAUCUAAAUUGGAAGAAUAUAAACGUAAGAACGAGAAAUGCAAAAUUGAAACUCUGGAAACAGCUGAGACUUCUGUCACCGAGAGCCAGCAACAACAGAAGCAUGACGAUACUUUGUCAUUGUUCGAUCCUGCGAAGAUUCUUGAUACGACUAUUGCUUUGGAUGUUGAUAAGAAAGAAAUAGAACGAUUGCAAAGUUUAUUAAACGAGAAAGAGAAUCAAUGUUCUGAGUACGUGAAAGAAAUCGAUCUUUUACUUAAAAAUAUAGAGGAAGGAAAGCUGCAUAAUCAAGACUUACAGAAUCAAUUUGAGAAUUCGCAAAGCGAGUUGAAGAAGAUAGAACAUCUUCUUUCUGAAAAGAACGCAAAGCUGGAAUCAUUAAAUGCGGAAUUGGACAAAGUAACUUUUCAAUUGAAUGAAUCCAAAGUGUUGCAGGAACAGUAUCAUAUCACUGAAGCGGAAUUGGAAAGAUUACGGCAACUUAUGGUCGAGAAGAACUUGCAGGUAGAUUCAUUGAUUACAGAACUGAAUGCCGUAAAUCAACAAAUGACUAUGCAAUCACAGCAAUAUACGGAUUUAGAAACUAGUCUGCGAACAGAGGUCUCACUUAAAGACAUCGAAAUUGCUGCAUUAAAAACAGAAUUGGCUUCCACAAAAGAGACUGUGCAAACAUUAAUAAUGGAACAAGAUCAGCUAAACAACACCUUGGAAUCGUACAAAUUUCAGAUUGAUAAUUUGGUAGCAGUAGCGAAAAAUGCCAACGAUAAUGAUUCAACACAAGAGACAAGUCAGCGUAACUUACAGAUUGAACUGGAGAAUGCUUUACGAGAGAGAGAUCAGGCGCAAAUACUCAUCGCGAAUCUCACACGAGCCUUAGAUGAUUCACAACAGAGUCUUCAGAAAUUGAGAAUACAUAAAGACAGUUUAAAGGAGUUUACUCCUAUGGAGAAAACAAACGUUCAACAAGAACCAGCACAAAUUCUUACAGCUAUCGAAGAACCGAUUAGUCAACAAGAAUCCGUACAAUCUGCACAAUUUAAUGUCGAUGAGGAAUCUUGGGGUUGGAAUACGGAGGACGCUCAAUUGGUUAAUGAUCUAACAAUAAGUGCGACGCCAGUACAGACGAGCGUCGAAACGCAAUUAUGCCUGCAAAUAGAAGACUUGCAAGAUAGAAUAAAAAAUCUGGAAGAGCAGAAUGCUAAGAUUGCCGAAAACAGUAAAGUAGCACAGAUAAAGAGUGGUAAGUUGGUGAAAAAGUUGAAGGAGUAUAAAGUGCAAAUAGAGAGCUUGCAACAACAAUUGAAGAUGCAGAAGCAGGCUGGUAGCUUUUUCGAUCUGGAUACGGCAAUCGAAGAGGAGCUGAAAAUGCAGAUCGCCAGUUUAGAGAAAACUCUUAACGAAAUUAAAGAGGAAAAGAAAAAUAUUAUUGCUGAGAAAGAGGCUUUACUGAAACGAUUUGAUGUGGUAGUGUCGGCUAACGAAAGGUACAUGGAGAUGAAGGAGAGACAGGAUAUGGAAGUCGAGGUACUGCGUAUUUAGAAUAAGGAACUGAGUAAUAAAGUGCAACCCUUAGAGUGGCGAUUGCAGGAAAAUGCAAUUGACGUACAAGAUAUCACCUCUUUCUCACGACAAGAAGAUCAGAUUGAUCCGUCAGAUCAUGAAGCCGACUCUACUGCGCAUAAUCAGUCCCAGAAAAGAUCAGUGGAAUCUAUUGACAAUUUUGAAAUCAUGUCGAAAAAGUACAAGGAGGAAAUAGGUGAUUUGAAGGACGAAUUGGAAGCGCUCGCGGCAGAAAACGAACAGUUGCAGCACUUUUUAGAAGAACAAAAAGCGAUGAUGGCGAAUUUGGAACCGAAGAGUAUUGAUAAAUCUGGAGAACUCAUAGAGAAGUUAGAUACAUUGAAUAACCAAAAUGCAUUACUCCAAAGCGCUUUAAACAAGAGCAAGGAAGAAUACGACAUGCUCAGGAAGCAGUACGAGCAAAGUCUAAUAGACGCGAAUGAUCAAGUGGCAGCAAUGCGACAAAACAGCGAUCUUCUUAAAACUGAAUUUAUGGAGAAAAUAGAUAGAUUAGAGGCGGAAAUAAAUAAUUUACAGAAAGCUUUAGAAGAGAAGGAAGCCAAGAUCAACGCUUUAAUGAAUUCAGAGGAAAAACUUUCGACCGUCAAUACAUCUUUAACGGAAGUUACGGAAUUGCUUAACGUCAGAGUUCAAGAAGUUGCUGAUCUGAAGCAAGAGCUUCAAGUUCAAUAUGUAGAAAGACAACAAGCUGAAGCGAUGUUACAAUCGGAUAUACAAAAUUUAACAAGAGAACUAGACGAAAGGAAACAAGAAUUGGCAGCCUUGAAGGAAGCAUUUGCCAACAAAGAACACGAAUUAAUACAGCAAAGGAGUGUAGAAACAGUGAGUGCUAUUAUUAGUGAAGCUACUCAAGAAUUAGUCCAGAAGCAUGCGAUAGAGAUCGAAGAAAAAGAUAAGGAAUUGCGCAAUCUAAUGGAAAAGUUGAUUGCAAUGCAAACGACAGUCGAUGAAUACACUUUAAAGUUGCAAGAUAACAUGGCUAAGUUGGAGAUGCAACAACAACAAAUCGUAUAUUUAAAGGAGGAUCUAACAGAGCGAAAUUCAAUAAUUGGAGCUACUCAAGCUGAAGCAAAUUUGUUGAAUGAAAAAUUGCAAGAAAAACAACAAGAGUUGAUACAAUAUGAGGAAGAAAAAACCAAAUUUGUAACAAAAAUAGAAGGAUAUUUAGCGGACAUCCAACAUCUGCAGAGUCAAUUGAACGCCACAGAAGUAACCACAGUUAAUCUACAAGAGUACAAUUCGCAUAUUCAUAGCUUACAGCAAGAAAUUCAAGUUCUAAAAUCAGAGAAAGAAUCGAUCUUGCUGCAGUAUGAUCAGGAGACGAAGGCGUAUCAGACUCAUCUGGAAAACAAUAAACAGCAGAUUGAUAUUUUAAAGCAAGAUCUGCGAGAAAAGACCGAGCAAUUGCAUUAUGUGAGCACACAGUUAUGCGCCAAGGAGAAUGAUUUGGAAGGCAUCAAAGCAAUGAUGAAUGACAAAGAUUCUUUGCUGGAGAUCGUGAAUCAAGAAUUGAAUGACAAACGAGCCGAAUUGGAAAAAUUGCAGUCGCAGAAUUCUCAAAUGAUCGACGCUCUCCCUGCUUUUAGAAUGGGCAACGACGACGAUGCGGAAUUGCAAAGCACUGUAGACGAGUUAAAAGCGCAGAUGGAAGCUAAACAGCAAGAACUGGAACAUUUAAAGUACGUUUUGAGCGAGAAUACGUAUCCUACAAUCAUCCAGCAAAUGCAAGAUAGAAUUAAUUGUCUGUAUAACGAAAAAGCUACAUUGGAAGCUUCCUUGCGAGUAGCUAGGCAAACUUUGACGGAGAAACAGGAGCAAGUAAAUGUUUUAACGCAGCGCAUUAACGACCAGAACCAGGAUCAUAUUUCCAAGGAGGAAGCCAAUUCGCUUUCCAGAGACCGAAGAUCCGCGUACGAUCAAGAAGAAAUCGUUAGAUUGCAGAACGAGCUGCAUGCGAAGGAACAAGAAAUUAACGAACUGAGGUAUGUUAUAGCCGAGAAAGACUCGCAAUUGUGUCUGCAAGCUAGUAUGGAGCCGCAAUCGGAUGAAUUCGAAUUACGCGAAACUAUGCAGAGAUUGACGGGAGAGUUGUACGGCAAGGAGCAAGAAGUGCAAACGUUAAAGUCAACUAUCGUAGAGCUAGAAGAGAAAAUCUUGCAUCUUAAAGACUUUGAAAGGCUUUCUGAGGAGAGCAGAAAUGCCAUCGAGAGGCUAACUUCAGAAAAAGAGCAGAUUCGUAUCGAGGCUGAAGAAUUCCUGAGUAACGAGUUGCGAAAGAAAGAAUCCGAGAUUGAUGAAAUCAAGCAGAAACUAUCAGAAGAAAAUCAAAAGUUACUGGCAGAACUUCAAUUGAAGGACAGUAAUAUCGAGAAUCUUAAGAUGCAUUUGGAAGAAUUGCAGGUAAUUGUGAAUGAUCAGAGCAAUAAGCUCGAACAGAAUGAGAAAACAUUGAUGCAUGCAAUCGACGACCUGGCGGAAAAGGAGAGAAGACUGGCCGAGCUGAGCAUCACCAAAGAUGCCGAGCUUCAUAAUUUGAAAAUGCAGAUUCGCGAAAAGGAGGCGCGUCUAGAAGAACUCUUGGCGUUAUCUGCUGAAGAGGAGAAACAAUUAGACGAGCUAAAGUAUACAUUGGCGGCCAGGGAGACAGAUGUGAAUAGGCUGAAGGAAUUGUUAGAGCAGAAGGUAUCAGAGUACGAACUGAUACAGCAUGCUUUAAAAAAAGACGUGUCUAUCAUCGAGGCUGCGGCAUCGAAGAGUUCGGAAACUGUUGGAAUGGUUGACAACAAAGAGACUACUUCUAACGAGUUGGAUCUCGCAUUAUACAUGCUUCAUCAAAGAGACGUCAGAUGUGAAGAGUUGACUCACGAACUAAUGCAAUUGCUUGAAGAGCGUGAUACGUUACAACUGCGAUUGUCCAAUGCAAUUCGAGUAAACGAAGAAUUGAGGAGGGUAGGUAGCGCCGAAGCGAGCCCAACAAAAGACUUAUCAUCGGCCUCACAAGUGAUUGAACCUGUCGUGGAACAACCUUCACCUUCGAAGUCCGAGGGACCAGUUGAGAUCGCGAAAGAAGCCAUCGAUAUUCCGAUCGAGGACAAGGAAGCUCUUGCAUUGAAAUUGUCGCAGUUGCAUUCAGUCAGUCAUACGAAGGACGUGCGAUUAAAGGACGAACGGGAGUUAAGGCAUACACAACAAAUGUCUUUGUUAGCGCACAGAGACGUUUUAAGUACAUUGCCGCCUGAAGCAGCUGCGAGGCUGGUCAACGCUAAUUACACACUCUCUCGAGAUGUUCAGAGCCAGUCGAGUGUGCUUUUGAAUUGGUUGUGGGGCAAGAGCACGCCGAAGGUGGUGCACAUGUGAUGAACGAAUAGCGGGAGUCAAACGGCCAUCGUUUUUGCCUUCUGAAGACAUUCCUGCCAAGUGCCAACUGCCAAGACUUAUUUCUGCAGUUAACUAAUGUGUAAUGGAGCGAUCUGUCGUGUGUAUUUUCCAGACAGAAAUCGUUUAAUUAUAUGCUAACGAUUAUAAGGAACUAUUUUGCAAAAGUAUUGCCUGAUUAUCAGGAAAUAAAUAUUUUUCAAAUUACAGAAUGUACAGAAUGUAGAGGUAGAUAGAUAAUGUUCUUUCUUGGAAAAGUCGCUCCUCUUCGAGAAAGAAAAGAAAAGAAUAUAAGGAGCAGACUUACAUGUAUUAUAAUGUUGUACAGCCGAAUUGCAUGAGAGAUAUAUGAUUGAAUCGAAAAUACUUUAGAUAAUAUAAUAUUUCUGCUUUUUUUUUAUUCGAUGACUAAAUUAUUUAUAGCAAUGUAUAUGCGUCAAAAUUAUAUUGUAAUUCUUUUCUUUUGCGUUUUGCGUGUGUAUUUCUAUCAAAAAGUUGCCGUUUUAUUUCGUCAGUUUUUUUUUUGUUAAUAUUUAAUAAUUAUGUAUUUUCUUUGUGUGAAUUAUCUACGAUUGUGUCUUCCAGCUUAUUGAUGCAAUUAUAAUACUAUUAUUAGUCAUAUAUCGAAGAGAAAGGGAAGCUACACAAGACGAAUCAUAGAUAAUGCAGACGUAAUUCGUGAUAAUUGUAAAUUAUUCAAUCAUUCUAUUUCCAUAAAAUUUUGUACAGAAAAAGAAAAGUGUCAAUGAAUAAAUAAAAUAUGAGAAAGAAAUUAUUUAAAGAAAUUACGAAUUAUAAAAUAUAAUAAUGUUUGAUUGUGCGUGUUGUGUAUCCUUAAAAUUGCAUAAAAUAUUUUGUAAUGAAAUUACGCAUUUAUGGCAUGCAAGUAUGUAUUUUUGGGUGGAGAGAGAGAGAGAGAGAGAGAGAGAGAGAACAGGUCGAGGUUAUCUCUGUACACAGUGGCAUAAAUAUUUAUAUUACCGAAAUUGCAUAUUAUGCGAUAUAAAAUAACAAAAAAAAAAAUAAAAGAUAUGA